AGGUGCCGGUGGAUUUGCCGAUUUGCUUAUGCUAAUUUUUUGGCCCUCGGUGAAGCAUGGUUGAGACAGGAAUCCCAAUACGAAUCAAUAGUUUGAUCAAUAGUUUCCGAGUACAAGGACGAACCCUAUACACCAGGAGGCCGGAGCGCUGACCCACACCUAGGGCCACGCCGCUGGCGACCGGGCGGCGGCGACGGGGACGACGACCGCAAUGGGCUUCGAGCGUGUGGAGCUGCGGUGCCCCAGGGCCCUCGACCCCCACCAGAGCUGGACGCUCGGCGACGUACUCGCCGAGCUCGACGCGCUGGAUGCCACCCGCCGCGCCGCGCCGCCUACGCCCCUGAAGCAAGCGCCGGAUUGGGCUAGUGACGGCGGUGCGAGAGAGAAGGCCUUUGUGAUGCGGAUUGAUGACGAAGACGACACAGAAGAUGAAGACGGUAUCAGUGUUGGGGAGUCCCAGGCUCUCGUGGUCAAUGGAGCAAGGUUUUUUUGUAAUGAUCUUGAAUCCAGUGAUUCAGAGGAUGAAUUAGAUGGCCAGAUUGAACCAUACCACUUAAUGGAGAAAAGGAACCUAGAGAAGAGCAUUCUUCUUGAGCUGGAACGCGAGCAUCAUCUCAAAGUUCAAGAAGACGUCAGAAGUAAGCUGGCUGCAUUGGAGGUAGGCCAUCAAAAUGAAAUUCAGAGAACAAUUUCUGCAUUCGCUCGUCUCCAGAAAUAUGCAGAAUCAAGAAAAGAGAUAGACAGAAGACUAGAUGUGCACUUCCAGAGAAGAAUUGCAGAAGUACUCGAUAAACACUUAUCUAUGGUCCAAAGGGAUCAUGAGCAGAAAUCCCAGAUUGUAGAACGCCGAAUAAGAGAUGAUGCAGCUCUUGAAGAAGCUAAAAGAAAAGAGCAAGCUAUCAAGGAAGAAAAGUUAAGGCAGGAAAGAGCCCGGCAAGAAGCAGAGGCUAGGCAGAAGGAAGCUGCAAAAUUAGCAGCCGAAGCACGGAAAACAGCAUUUGAGGCUGCUCAAAAGGAAGCAGCAGAAAAGGAAGCUGCAGAAAAAGAAGCUGCUAAAUCGAGGGAAGCGGCAGCUUCCCAAUCUGGUCAAAAUUCUCAGAAUAAUAUUGCAGGUAUCAAAGUUUUUGCUGAUAAAUAUGCAUUAGAAGCGGAAUCACGGAGGCGUGCAUUAGUACAUGAUCAAGUGCCAGAAAACAUUCAUCUCAGCAAGGAAUUCGGCAAAUAUGACCGACAAAUUGCCAAAUCCAUAAGUAAACUUAUGCCGACUACUGACAGUGUCAGAGCAAGGGCUAGCGAGCUUAUUAAAGCUUUAGAUGGACAGGAUUGUCCCCGUCCAAUUGCUUGUUUUAUAUUCGCAAACAAGAUUAUUUCAAUUGUCAAGAGUAGAAAUACAAAGGACAAAACCUUUGGAAAUUUAGCCUUUGCGUGUGGAUAUGUCAUGCUAUUAGUCACAAACCAGGUACCAGAUGCAAUGGAUUAUCUUCUAGCUGAGUUUAACAGAGUUUGCAUAUACACAGUUCCAAAGCAUCUUCAUGCUUUAAAUGCACAAGCACGAAGUAGAGAUUAUUACAGACUGAUAGGUUACCAGGAAGAAAACGGACAACUUGAGAGCACUGAAAGUUAUUUAACAUAUGUUGUUGCAUACGUCAAACUGUAUGCGGCAAUGAUUCAGACAGAAAUCAAAGGUGUACGUCAUCCUCAUGGCUUAGCUGAGGGAUGGAGAUGGCUUGCGAUGUUUCUCAAUGCUCUGCCAGCUACCACAGCCACUGCUUAUGCCCUUCACGCUUUCCUCAAGAUGGCCGGUUUUGCACUCCACAAGAAAUAUGGAUCACAAUUCCUGAAAAUCCUGGAUGUGAUAUCGCGGUGCUUUUUACCAGCUCUGAAAGAUCAAGGCAACAAAAUGCAGUCCGAGGCUGUCAACAAUCUAAAGAAUUAUCUGAAUGACAAAAUCUACCUCCAGGAACCAGAAGGGCAGUACCUCGUUCAGCAACUUUUAUCCAAAGAGUUAUUCAUGUGAAAAUCAAAACACACAUGGGCAUGGGGCUGUAGAGUACGCCCAUCAGGCACGUUCGUCGCAUGUGAUUAGCUCCAGUUGACAGUUGAGCCUCCAGUGGCAAUCAGGCUUUGAAGAGGAACUGACCUACAUGAAUACCAGCAUCAAAUCAUCCCCAACAAUAUUUAUUUAUUUAUUACAAAUUCUCCUCAUGUAUCCGGCCAAAGACGUGUAUAGCAUAGGUUGAGGUUUCACUGUAUGUUGUAUGUCUGUACCCUGUAUCGAGGCCAAUUCCGCCACCUGUAUUGACUAUUGAGGACUUGAGGGCAAUUUCGCCUUCAGUUUUUGAAGAAUUCUGUGCUGGACACUGGAUUUGUGAA